AUGGGCCGAAAGUGUCCAAAUUGUGGCAGUUCGGAAAUUGACGAUGAUUCAGCUCGUGGUGAUUCUACAUGUAUGGGUUGUGGUACUGUAUUGGAAGAAUCAACUAUUGUUUCGGAUGUGGCAUUUCAGGAAAAUGCCGGUGGUGGUCAUUCCUUAGUGGGUCAAUUUAUUUCAAAAGAACGCGGUCAGCCAACCAACCUUUCCGGUGUACCCGGUUUAUCACAUCAGGAGUCACGAGAAAUCACUUAUUACAAGGGAAGAAAACUGAUUGAAGAGAUAGCAAGUCAGUUGCGGAUUAAUCAACAUUGUGUUAAUACAGCAUUUAAUUUUUUUAAAAUGUGCGUUUCACGUAAUUUCACACGUGGGCGUGUGAGAUCACACGUCGUAGCAGCAUGUUUAUAUAUGACUUGUCGGUUGGAGAAUACCGCACAUUUGUUGCUGGAUUUCAGCGAUAUCACUCAGGUUAAUGUGUUCGAUUUGGGCCGAACCCUGAAUUUUCUAACCCGUUCUUUGAAAAUUAAUCUUCCAACUACUGAUCCUUGCAUGUAUAUAUUACGUUUUGCAGUUUCACUCGAUUUUGGUGCCAAACAAAAAGAGGUGGUAUCUUUAGCAACUCGACUGGUACAACGAAUGAAACGUGAUUGGAUAGCAACAGGAAGACGACCAACUGGUCUUUGUGGUGCAGCGUUAUUGCUUGCAGCCCGAUGCUUUAAUUUUAAUCGAACGGUUGCUGACGUUGUACGUGUUGUGCAUAUUAGCGAAGCCGUCGUUAAGAAACGUCUUGAUGAGUUUGGGCAGACUCCAUCAAGCACGUUAACAAUUGAUGAAUUUACAUCAGUCGAUUUGGAGCACUGCGAAGAUCCACCAGCAUUUCGCGAGUCGCGUCGUAAAGCACGUGAGAUGCAACUGCAGAAAGAGGAGGAAGCACUGAGGAAGAUAGAACUUGAGAUGCCACCAAUGGAGGUAGAAGUUGAAAGAGCUCUUGAGAAACGGCGGAAGGAGCGCUUUAAACGAACACAGUACGCACGAAUGAUGAGUGGUUCGUUAGGAUCUGAAUCGGAUGAACUUACUCCAGCGGAUGCUGUAGUACGAAAUGAAAUCGUUGACUUAGUAUUUUCUGCUGCAAUAAGUGCCACUCCACUAUCCGAUGUUGGCAUGUCAUCCACUUAUGCACCUUCAUUGGUUAGCCUUGGAAUAACGCCAAUAAAAAGUGAAGUAGAACCAACUGCUGAAACCAAAAGUGAAAAACUCAAUGGUAAUGGGGAACUCGAUUUGGAGGGAAUUGAUGAUAACGAAAUCGAUACGUACAUAUUAACCAAAGAAGAAGUGGAUUUGAAAACUCGUUUUUGGAUGAAAUUAAACGGAGAACAUUUGAAAGAAAUGGAGCGACGACGUCGUGAAAAAGAGGAAGAAGAACGUGAAAAAGAUAAUUCAGCCAAAAAGCGACGUCGAACGAAUGGUAUCCGUAAAAAGGAGCCCAUCGUUGCUGCAACUGCGCAGGAAGCAAUGGAAAAAGUUAUACAUGAAAAGAAACUCUCAAACAAAAUAAACUACGAUAUUCUAAAAGAAAUCGAAGAUGCAGAUGAAACUGUCGUAAAACCUGAAGUGGACUGCAAUACAAGUGGUCCAAAAGAAGAAACCAGUGAAACUAGCGAUCGCAUGUUGUUUAAAGACAAUAGAAAUCUCACGCUGACGACAGGAAAUAUUUCGAAAUCUCGGAAACGUUUCCGGCCGAAUGUCAACCUCGCAACGAAAAAAGCAGUUGAACAAACGAUUUCAGUAAUAGCCUCAGAUGCUGCCGAAAAAAGUGCGAAUCAAGAGGAAAAAAAAACUGUGAAGGACUUAUAUAUGCCGGAUGAGAAAGGCACUUUACUUGAUGGUGGAGCGAAGACGAACAGAAGGAAAUGUAUCGCAGCUCGAUAUCGAGCAUCAAGUAGUCUCCGAAGUGGUACUGCGAUAACAGAAGCUGGCAUAUCCUCUACUGCUAUGGAGCAUUGCAGUCUAUCUGUUUCACGACUUAAAACAGGUGGACUAGAUUCUUUCCAAGCCGGAACCUCCGAUUCCACUGCGAAGUUCUUGGGAAGGGUCGAUCGCCUUAUAAAGAAAAGAUCUGCAAAAUUAACUAUUGGAGCAAGUUCCGAAUCAGUUAUUAUUAACUCUAAAAAUGCAACUGUAACAGAAUCACCAUCCGAACAGCUACGCGUGAUUAAAACAAGAAACACAAAACCAAAUUUGAAGUCUAUUCAAAAAUCUGAUAAGUCUACAGAUCAGGAUGGUUAUAAAUCGUCUUUAUUCGAGGCUCCAGAAGAUAAUACCAGGGAUGAGAGUAGAGAGCAGGGGGAAGAAGACACAGAAGCCUCUUCAAUAUCGGAAAGUUCAAGAAUGGAAACUGCAAGCGCAAAUGGUGUUAGUAGAGAGUCAUUGACGCGAAGCACUAGUGAAAUCCACUCUGCAAAAAUGAAAAAGAUGGAAGCCGUUACGAUUGGGAAAACGAGAAAUCGGUAUCGGCGAAUGAAACCCAAUUUACUGAAACGAGUUGAAACAAAAGCAAGCGAGGUUAGAGUUUAA